AGGGAUGUCGUGGAAGAGGAACUACUUUGCGUCCGGCGGCGGAGCGGUCGGCGGGGUGCAGGGCCUGGCGACCCCGAGAACAAUGACCUCCAUUGCGCCCAGCAAAGGACUGAGCAACGAGCCGGGACAGAACAGCUGCUUCCUGAACAGCGCUCUGCAGGUUUUGUGGCAUCUGGACAUCUUCCGCAGGAGCUUUCGCCAGCUGACCAUGCACAAAUGCAUGGAAGACUCAUGCAUCUUCUGCGCUCUCAAGAGCAUUUUUGCCCAGUUCCAGUUCAGCAGCGAGCGCGUGCUGCCAUCUGACGCGCUGCGGAGCGCCCUGGCCAAGACAUUCCAGGACGAGCAGCGCUUCCAGCUGGGCAUAAUGGAUGACGCCGCGGAGUGCUUUGAAAACCUUCUGAUGCGUCUUCAUUUCCACAUCAGCGCUGAGAGCCGAGAAGACAUCUGCACGGCCAAACAUUGCAUCCCGCACCAGAAGUUUGCCAUGACCCUGUUUGAGCAGUGCGUAUGCAACAGCUGCGGCGCCACAUCGGACCCGCUGCCCUUCAUUCAGAUGGUUCAUUACAUCUCCACGACAUCCUUAUGUAACCAAGCAGUGAGGAUGCUGGAGUGCCGGGAAAAGGCCACGCCCGACAUGUUUGGGGAACUUCUCCGUAACGCCAGCAACAUGGGAGACCUGCGCAACUGCCCUAGUAACUGCGGAGAGGUUUUGCGCAUCCGCCGUGUGCUGAUGAACUCGCCGGAGAUUGUUUCCAUUGGGCUGGUGUGGGACUCGGACCACUCUGACUUGGCUGAGGAUGUCAUACACAGCCUGGGGACUUGCUUGCGCCUGGGAGAUUUGUUUUACCGUGUGACAGAGGAGCGGGCUCGCCAGGCAGAGCUCUACUUGGUGGGCAUGGUGUGCUACUACGGCAAGCACUACUCCACCUUCUUCUUCCAGACCAAGAUACGCAAAUGGAUGUACUUCGACGAUGCCCACGUCAAAGAAAUCGGCCCUAAGUGGAAGGACGUGGUGUCCCGCUGUAUCAAAGGCCAUUAUCAGCCCCUGCUGCUGCUUUACGCAGACCCCCGUGGGACGCCGGUGAUACUGCAGGACAGCGCCAACCCCUGCGCCGGUACCGACCCACCGCUGGAGCUCCAGCAUUGCAGCAGCAAGGCCGGCUACGACAGCGAAGACUCCGGCCGGGAGCCGUCCAUUUCCAGUGACACGCGCACGGACUCAUCGACGGACAGCUCCAGCCACCGUGCCUGCCGCAGCCGACCGCUGCACCAGUCCACAGGCAGUCAUCUGUCCAGUGACUCUCAGACCACAGUGGUCUGCAACUACGAUCUUGGAACGUCAUCGCACGCUGUCGACGCGGGAGAGUCAGCAGUGGAGGGUCCUCCCCGGCCUGCCUCUCCCCCCCUGCAGGAGUAUAAGGAGACGGCCGUCUUCCUGCUCUCAUCCCGCCGGCCGCUCACCUCCUCCUCGUCCUCCUCUCGGCCCCUCUCGUCCUCCUCCUCUUCAGGAGUGGGGGGUUGCGAGAGCGGGGUCGGGGGGCCUCACUGGGAGGAUGAGAGCACCAGCAGCGAGAGCAAGUCCAGUUCCUCUGGUGGUUGCUACCGGCCCACCUGGAGACCCCGGAGAGAAGCCCUGAACAUCGACAGCAUCUUCUCGGGCCACAGCCAGCGGAUCUGCUCUCAGGGCUACCACACACUCCCUGGACCCUCUCACCCACCGCCACCUCAGCCGCCGUUACCCAGCGUUCGACCCACCACGCCUACACCACGAAGCGCUCAACCAUCAGUGGGUAGGGAGGUCGCAGAGUCGGGGGCAAGAUUCAGCCCGACCGUCCAGCCCAGAUCUCUGGUACGGACGAUGGGCCCCCCUCCGCCUCCACCUCUGAGGGGGGUCGAGCACCAGCCUCGUCUGAUUCAAAGAAUGGAGAGUGGCUAUGAAAGCAGCGAGAGGAACAGCAGUAGCCCUGACAGGGAGGUGGGCCAACACAAACGGACGCUGAUGUCCGGACCGUCAUGGCGCUCGGUGCCCAAGUCAAAAAGCACUGGAGCUAUCCUUCAAGAGCUGCCCUCACCCGUAUGGUCUGGCGCAACCAACACCGGUAAUUCUCAGACCAGGCGCAGCGAGCUGGACGAGCUUCAGGAGGAGGUGGCCAGAAGAGCCCGCCAACAGGAGCAGCAGAAGCGCAAGGAGGCGGAACAGGAGGCAGCCAUGGGCUUCAACCCAAAACCCAGCAAAUACAUGGACCUGGAUCAGCUCCAGCACCAGGAGGUGCACUCUGCAUGCCCCUUCUUCACACAGCAACAUAACCACUGUCUUCUCUUUUUUCCAUCCUCUUCUUCUAUUUUCCUCAUCACUCUGUCCUCUUGUCCCCCCCUACCCGAUUCUUCGGUGGGUUCAGCUGUGCUCAGACCCCUGCAUGAGGCUAGCGCUCCUAGCGGCUCGGCCGUAGCCGCGUGCAUGAGGAACGCUGCUGGCCUGCUAAGAGGCAGGCAGGAACAGGAAAUGCAGCAACGGGAGUCAGGAAGCGCCCCUCGCCCCCAGGGUCCUCACAGUGAACAGCCUGGCCCGGUCCAAGUACUGCUGAUGACUAAUCAAAAGGAGGAAGAGGACCAGGCGCCCAAUAAAGACGCAGCUUCGGGCAAGGACCCACCCCCUCCGCCUCCACCCUAUCGCCUGCCAGUGGUUCCUCCCCGCCCGACGCUCACCCUCAGUAUCGCCCAUCCGUGUGCCCCCUCUAGUGACGUCGGCGGAGGGGUGAGGCUGUGUGAGUUGCUGCAGGCCGGGGGGGUGAGCGUCAGACCAUUGGGAAGGCACUUGGCUAUUUCCCUGCCGUCGCUCCCGCUCCGCUUUUGGGAGGCGCCCGUCACACUCCCCCCUCCUCCCCCGCCCCCCGUCACGAAACCAAUCACACCUCUCUGGCAGCCCCCUCAGCCCAGUUCAACCUCUGCCCCUCAACCUCAGCCGCCGUCAGACUGCGCUGCCCGCCACUGGUCCUCGUGGAGUUUAGAUCGCCCCGACGCUAUGGUGACGACCUACGACACCCCUCCGGACCGCUACGCUGCUAUCCCGUCGCAAGCACCCGGGCCCGGUCGGCACUCCGUUCGGGGCAAAAAAGGACUCCCCAACAGCUGUGACCACGAGGAACCUGAACUAACAGAGCUUGACUCCCUUUACCAGGCUAGCCUGCAGGCUGGCAGGACAGGCUGCAGCCCGUCAGAGCGGCUCAUCUCUAGGGUGGGAGGGCAGGCUCGCUCCAGAACCCCCAACGCAGACAUGGAGAGGAGUGUGUUUGGGCCGGACGGCGCCAGCACCCCCACCUACCUCAACAAGCCAAUGAUGUUGCAGGGUCUGCGAUUGGGGGCAGGGCCAGAAAGCGAAGGAGACCAUCCGAGGCGAAUGGGACGUAGCUUGAGCGGCACGGUAGUGGUGACCCCGCGGCACGCCCGCCUGACUGCCACCCGCAGCUUUGAGCUGACAGGUAGCGCCGGGAGUUUCUGGCUGUGUCUGACAGGGGUUAAGGUGUCCUCCGACAAGGGUCCCUCUCGGCCUCACUGA